CAGGCCAGAUAGACAGAGGUCCUGACCACAGCACACUGCUGCUUGCCGCCAAGCUGGGGCCAAAGCUCGUUGCUCGUUCGCCUGUGGCGUGUUCGCCCGCGGCGUCGGGCUAUCGCAUUUUCACCACAUUAAGCUAUCAUCAACGUGUUUUGGUCGCCGGCCAGACUAACCCGUCGUCCUGGGCACCCGCCCACCGCAGCUUGCACAGCCCCGCCCGCGCACUCCCUGUGCUUACAGCCGGGUCAGCGGAGCUCCUGUCCGCUUCCCUAGCGCAGCCCGACCUGCUCGCCCCCCUCACUAGCGCCGCGGCCUCUCCCACCAUGCCGGGCCUCGCUCUGGUGCUGCUGGACUCGCUCAUCAAGGUGGCAGGCGGGGUGGCCAUCGGCUGGUGGCUCAAGGACGCCGCCGGCAAGGGCAAGUCAGGGGGCGGCGGCGGCGGCAGCAGCAAGAAGAGCAAGCAGUCGGCGGCGCGGCGGGCGGGCGCGGCGGCGGCUGCGGGCGGCAUUGGCUCCAGCGCGCCUGUGCCGCGGCCCCAGGAGGAGCUCAAGAUGGUGCUGUGCGUCAAUAUGUCGCUCAAGAUGGGCACCGGCAAGGUGGGCGCCCAGUGCGCGCACGCGGCGGUGGGCGUGCUGUGGUCGCACUACAACAGCCACAACGUCGCCAUCCGGCAGUGGGAGAUGUACGGGCAGCCCAAGAUCGCGCUCAAGGUGUCUGACGAGUCCGAGAUGGCCGCGCUGGAGGCCAAGGCGGCGGCGGGCGGCAUCCCCACCUACAUCGUGCACGACGCCGGCCGCACCCAGAUCGCCGCCGGCAGCCAGACGGUGCUGGCCAUAGGGCCCGCGCCCAAGAGCCAGCUGGACACAGUGACCGGCCACCUCAAGCUGCUGUGAGGCAGAGGGCGUGUGUGUGUGUGUGUGUGUGUGUGUGUGUGUGUGUGUGUGAGUCUUGAGGGGCCGAGGGGGUGAUUGCUUGCGUGUGUGGGGGGCGACCGGGAGAUGUGUGUGUGUGGCAAGGUGUGUGGUGGGGGGGCAGUGCGGGCUGAUGGGCUACGGGUAAUGAGCGGUGUUGCGCCGUGUGGGGGAGGUGGGCGGAGGGAUCUGCGGCACUGGGUCUGCAGCCAAGCCUGACGUGCACAUGUCCACCGGUAUGUGGGGGAGGGAGGGCUGGCAGGCCGGCUGUGGCGACUGACACACGCGGAGCUGCGUUGGCAGUGUGGUCAGGACUGGGGUGUGUGUGUGUUGGUGUGAGCAAGCAGGCGAGCGACCGGACACGCCUCGGUCCGUUGCUUCUGGGAGGCCGCCGCUGCGGCGGCAGUGAAGAGCGAGGGAGGUGUUGUGGGCCCGGCUGCUGAAAAGCUGCCGUGGACAGGCGCUGCAGAGUCAGCGCGGAUGAGUUCAGACAAACGGACGCUGGUUUACUCCUGUCUGGUGCGUGGCCGUCAUGGUAGAUACAUGACAAUCAUUGGGCACGGAGAGCCGGUCAAGAGACGCAUGCUUGCCAUGUGCCCGGAUCGUAGCUGGGAUCGUAGCCCGUUACGUUUUGCAGGCGGCUGCGCUGCGUGCGUGUGGCAUUGCGGUUAGUCUAACACUGGGUGUGGUGUGCAUCCUGGCGAGGCGUGCUAGCAACGGUGUGCACCUACUGUGCCAUCAGUUCCAGUGACGUUCUCGUUCUGCUCGAAGCAGCCGUGCUGCGGGAACCUGUGAUGUGGGGUGGACCGGUCUGCGGAUGGAUUUCGGAUGGUGUUGUGGGCCAAGGCCCCUUCAACCGAAAGCCUGUUGAUGUAAGCUACAUGUGCA